UAUAGUAUCAUUCAUGGUCAAAACUCAAAAGUUAAAUGCAAUAUACUUAAUCUAUGGUUAAAUGUGAAAAAAGGGAUAGAACAACUGCAUAAUGAUAAUGUUUUCUAUGUGGAAAUUCGUUAGAUAUCCACCCCAUAGACAAUGUAAACGCACAUUUCAUAUAUCUCAUACAUUAAAUGCUUUUUGGGAACGAGAUGAUAAGGGUGGUUAUAGAAACAAAGAUAACAUGCCUCCUUUAAAAGAUCGUCUAAGGGAAGGCUUACAUGAAUUAAAGUAUGAAAUUAAGCUUUGGACCCAAGAAGUUAAAGAGAGAUUUGAAGAUGAUCCUAUCCUCAUAUUCAGACCAGGGGAAGUCGACAUUAAAUGGAGGUUUGGAAAUGAACAAUCACUGAAAAACUGGAAUAUAACAAGUGAUAGUGAUAAUAGGGAAGGAUAUAGCAAAGCUUCACUUACUCUUACAGAGCAUGGUAAAGCAUUAUUUUAUGGAAAUCUCUCUAUGAGAGUUCCACAAGAUGGUAGAGUUAAACGUUCAGGGUAUUGCAGUAUGAAGACUCAUAGAACAAGGAAAUCAUUUAAACGAGAUGGACAUUUAGACUGGACAUCUUAUAAUAUGUUAGUAAUGAAAGUAAGGGGAGAUGGAAGGUCAUAUUUGUUAAAUAUUCAUUGUAAAGGAUAUUAUGAUCUUACCUGGAAUGACAUGUACCAUUAUGUUCUGUUUACAAGAGGUGGACCAUAUUGGCAAGUAGCAAGGAUACCUUUCUCAAAAUUCUUUUUUGGUUCAAAAGGACGAGUACAGGAUAUGCAACGCCAAGUACAAUUGGAUAGAGUUGCUAGUUUUGGAAUUACUGCUGGUGAAAGAUAUGGUGGUGACUUUGCUUUGGAAAUAGAUUACAUAGGUUUGGAGUUUGAUCCAAAUCAUAGGGAAGAAUUUGCUUAUGAAAUGUACAGAACAGAUAAGUAUAUAGCAUCAACGUAAAAAGAAGUUGUGAGUAUUUUGAAAUUUAAAUAAAUAUUUUUAUUGUUCAU